AUGGUGGAUAUUGAAGAUACUGGUCCGCUUGUUUCCAAAAUUUUGAGUGAUCCAGACAAAUAUGUGGGUCAAGAUAUUUGCCUUUGCGGCGACGCAAUUCAAUUUAGUGAUAUUCCUAAGGUUUUUACUAAAGUUACUGGUGUUCCAGCUUCAGCAAAAGCAUUAACGGAAGAAGAAUACCGAUCGAACAUUCAGUUCUUACCGAAACUUUUGCAAGAUGAGUUAUUUGCUAUGUUCCAAUGGUUUCAAGAGUAUGGCUAUUAUGGCAAAGACAAAGAUUGGACAACUGGACAAAAGGUGACACCAUUAAAUACAUUUGAACAAUGGUUGAAAAAAACCGGUUGGAAAGGUGAAUAA